GUCGUUGAACAACAAAAAAAAAAAAAUGAAAAAGUUCAGUACAUUUUACAGCUUUUUGAUUUUUAAAAUAAUUCAUUUUUUCUUGAAAGCUCGCUACUGAGUUCCCAUUACAGUUUUGAGGGAUCUUAGAUUAGUAAAUUUCAAAUAAUUAUUUUAGAAUCAAAUGAAUCCGUUCUUUAAUUGUUCUACAUAUGUGUUACAUUGAUGUGGAGAAAUUUUAUGAAGAAAUGAAGAUUUUGUAAUUUAACUUCUGCAUUGAACGAGAUAAUUAUCCCGCUUGCAAUGGUUGACAAAAGUAAAGUAUUACUCGGUUUUGUAGAUGAACCGAUCACGGAUAAUUAUAAAGAAGAGGUUGAUUAUACCACCAAUAAAUUGGGUGGUCAUCCGGAUUGGAUUACAGCACAAACAGAUUCUACGAUAAUUUGCAAGGUAUGCCGAUCAGUGACCCCUCUGUUGCUACAAAUUUAUGCUCCUGUUACGGAGAAAAUAAACCAGCAUAGGACGUUGUAUAUUUUCGCUUGUUUGAAUCCGACUUGUUGGGGGAUAUCGAAAAGUUGGACUUGCAUUAAAAAUCAAAUGGCGAUGAAGAAAAAGCAAGAUUCGUUUGUAUCGAAUUUUUCAAACGAUGAUUGGUGCACAGACUCAAAUAAUUGGAAUUGCGAUUCAAACAAUACGUGUAAUUCUAGUCUCGAUUUGUUUUUGGAAAACGAAGCUUCUUCCAUGUUGAGUCGUGUGACCGUAUGUGCUGAAGAAAAUGCCAAUGUUAUCCCAGAUAGGACUUGUGUUGAUGUUCUAGAUGCUCCUGCAAGUGCAGAAAUAGAACCCGAUGAAAACGAACCGAUUAUGGUUGAUUCACCUACUGUUCCUCAUUGUGAUCUAUCUAAUUUACUAAAACAAGUUCCCACAUCUCCUAAGGUUUAUCGCGAAGAUACCUAUUUUGUACCAUCUUUCAUCUAUGUAAUGGAAGAAAGACUGGAAAGAGAUCCGUUAUCAGAACAUGUUCAAAUGUUAUUAACGGAAUAUUCGAGAUCGAGUGAAAAUAGGAAUAGUCUGAAGAUUACUAAGAAUGUCAAUGUUUCGCGACGAUCCGACGAUGAAGUAUACGAAAGAAGCCGUCCUCUUCAUGGCGAUAAAUUAUUCCACACGUUUUUAUCUCGUAUUAAAUUGAAUCCGGAUCAGAUAAUUCGUUAUUGUCGAAGCAAUGAAGCGCCUUUAUUUCUGUUCCCGGAAUUGGACAUUCCAGCCAAGUGUAAACAUUGCAACGGGGAAAUGGUAUUCGAAAUGCAAAUAUUACCUACAAUUAUUAAUUACCUGAGGCUCAAUGGCGCUGGACGUGCUGAAAAGGAUAUUUUGGAAUUUGGAUCUGUAUUCAUAUACUCAUGCCAAGAAAGUUGCGAUAAACCAGACGGAGAAGAGUGUGUUCUCAUUCAAAUGGAAACAUUUUGAUCGCAGUAAUGAUAGAAAAGAGUAGUUGUUUUUGUUUACGGCUUAUUUGAAAACGAAGUUACCCACUUGGGCAUUUGACUAUUUAUCUGUUUUGAUGAAGUGAUACGUUCCGAUGGUCUCUUUGAAUAUUUUUACUUCACUUUUAGAUGUUGAUUGCUAAAUAGUAUAAUGGUAAUGUUGUUGCGAUGAGUUAGUUGUACCAGGGGUGAACGUUUGACGCGAAUUAUUUUUCAUCUUGGCUUGUUGCUACACAUAUGUAGUACAUACGACUACACGCCAAAUGUUAAUUUUUUCAAAUAUUGUAAUUAUGGUUAUGUAAACCUUCGUUAUGCUUUACCUCUGUAGUUGACCUUAUCGUACAAAUAGACAAAUGAAAAAAAUACAAAAAUAAUGUAUUUA